CAUUCUCCGGAUGAUGAUAGGCUAAUUCCGGCUACGACGCUUGCUCGGGCAUCUGGUUAUCCCAGUCAUGAUUCUCUCCUUUAUGGGAAAGUCUGCACGGGCGAUCGAGGCAUACUUCGACGACGAACGCCUCAUCCUGGGCUGCACCGAUCUCUAUAGUACCCGCCACCAGACUGCGACGGCGUUGAAGGAUCUCGGAGGGUUGUACCUCGGUACUCCCAUUGGGAAUACCGCCUAUAGGCUGGCGGUGCUUCCGGUUGGUUUGCGGCGUUAAUGGUCAGUUGGGUAGUAUGGUCUCCGGAGUUCUGGCAUUCAUGCAGGUUUGGAUUCAAUUAUGGGCACCGGAGAGUUUACUUACGUGCGAUACCCCUUCUUCUUCAGGAUAUCAUUCCUGUCGCGCUUCUCACCCGACGCUUGUCGUGGCGCCCUGGCUUGAGAUUAUAGGCGUCAGACAGACAGUUCCUGCGGAUCG